AUGGGCGGGCGUGACGGCGAUGUAUUUGCAUACGGGUGCGCCCCGGCCAAUGGGCGGCGGGCGCGGGCGCAUGCGCGAGCGGGAGGGCGGUGGCGGGCGGGCGGCGGGCUCAGUCGGAGGAUGGCCGCGACUGCGGCGGGUGGGUCACCGGGCCAGUCCCCCGGCCCCGCCGCCCGGGCCGCGCCGCAGGCGCUGCGGCGGCGAGGGGAUUCGCGGCGCCGCCAGGCCGCGCUCUUCUUCCUCAACAACAUCUCCCUGGACGGGCGGCCCCCGAGCCUGGGCCCGGGCGGCGAGAAGCCCCCGCCGCCGCCGCCGCCGCCCGCCGAGGCCCGCGAGCCGCCCGCGCCGCCGCCGCCACCGCCGCCGCCGCCGCCCGCGCCCCCCGCCGGCCUGCCCCUGCCCGGACCCCCGGGCAGGGCCUCGGCGCCCCAGGGCCUGCUCAGCCCCGCGCCCGCGCCCGCCGGCUUGGGCCUCGGCCUGAGCCUGGGUCUGGACGGGCAGCGCCAGAGAAGGCGCGUAGGCUCCCAGCGCUGCUCCCUCGAGUUUCUGGAAGACACGGUGGGAUGUGCCUCGGUUCAAAGAACCAAACAUGCCUCUGGAUCCCCGAGACACAAAGGCCUGAAGAAGACGCACUUCAUCAAGAACAUGAGGCAGUACGACACCCGGAGCAGCAGGAUCGUGCUCAUCUGCGCCAAGCGGUCCCUGUGUGCGGCCUUCUCGGUCCUGCCCUACGGAGAAGGCCUGCAUGUCAGUGACCUGAGGGUGGACAGCCAGAAGCAGAGGCAUCCGUCCGGCGGCGUUUCCGUGUCUUCCGAGAUGGUUUUCCAGUUGGAAGGCGUGGAGCUGGGGGCGGAUGGAAAGGUCGUGUCUUACGCCAAGUUCCUGUACCCCACCAACGCCCUGGUCACGCUCAAGCCGGACAGCCACGGCCCGCCGCCUCAGCCCCGGCCCAGUGCCCCCCGCGCUCUGCUGGGGCCCAGAUGCAAACCCGUCCCACCCAGGGCGGCGCCAGCUGGCUCGGAACUAGGGGCCGACGCAGGGGAUGCCCUGGAGUACAACCCCGACCUCCUGGAUGACCCUCAGUGGCCCUGCGGCAAGCACAAGCGCGUCCUCAUCUUCGCGUCCUACAUGACCACAGUGAUAGAGUACGUGAAGCCCUCCGACCUCAAGAAGGACAUGAACGAGACCUUCCGGGAGAAGUUCCCACACAUCAAGCUGACGCUGAGCAAAAUUAGGAGUUUGAAACGAGAGAUGCGGAACCUGUCUGAGGAGUGUGGUCUGGAGCCCGUGACCGUGUCCAUGGCCUACGUGUACUUUGAGAAGCUGGUCCUGCAGGGCAAGCUCAACAAGCAGAACCGCAAGCUGUGCGCGGGCGCCUGCGUGCUGCUGGCCGCCAAGAUCAGCAGCGAUCUCCGCAAGAACGACGUGAAGCAGCUCAUUGACAAGUUAGAAGAAAAGUUUCGGUUCAACAGACGGGAUCUAAUUGGGUUUGAGUUCACGGUGCUCGUGGCCCUGGAACUUGCUCUCUACCUUCCCGAGAACCAGGUGUUGCCUCAUUACAGACGCCUCACGCAGCAGCUCUAGCCUGGCCCGGCCCCUGCGGGCGCUCCUGGCGCGUCGGCCGGACACGCGGCCCUCGCCGGCUAGUGCCACUGCUCCCCCCGCCCUCGCUUCCCUGGAGGGACACGGCUUCCAUUCCAAAGCACACCACACCACCGCGGUACUUCGGAGAGCCCUGCUGCGUUCCCCCGUGAACAAACGGGGGCGCUGUGCUGUCUCGUUUUCGCCUGCGCCCGGCCUGGCACCAGGACUUCACGAUGCGCGGCGGUGAACCCCGACUUCACAGCUUUGCCCCCCUUGCGUCACCCAGCCUUCUGCUGCCAUCGAAGCCACCGCACCAGCGUCUCACGGAGAUCUGCUUUUCCAGACCUGGCUGCACGCGCUGGAUUGCUAGCGUUAAAUUGUCGGGGCAUUCAUUCAUCUCGGCUGUUUGGGGUUCUCGGACGUGAAGACCGCACUGUGGAAUCCCCACUCCCCCCCUCGGCCCGGCUCCUUCCCAGCCCAGCACGGCCCCCUCCCCUCGGGGGGGGUGCACCCACCUACCCACAUCCACACACACAGCUCCGGCGUCAGCCUAAGCCAAGGAGAGCAGACCCCUGGUUGGUUUGGGUCUCAUUUUUCUUACUCUCGGACUUCUGUUCUUCCAAGGAUCACAUCACUGUGAGGUCCUGAUGCCCUGUCGGGGGUCACACACCCCAGCAGGCCUCUGGGCACAGAACUAGCCCACCCCAUGCAAGGAUCCGUCUCACCGGAAAGACCCCCCCUUGCCCACGACACUUGGACCUUCAGGAUGACUGGAUUGCUGGCUCUUGAUCUUCCUAAGCAAUAUUGUGGAGAAACCGUGUUUACUGUCGUGUAGGAUUUGGUUCUGUGGGUCUUUUUUUCCUGAGGGAACAGAAACUGGUUAAAUGGCGUCUGCUGAAGUUGUGACUUGAAUCACACCUGACCCUCCAGUGGGGAGGAGACUGACCACUUCACAGCCCUGCCUCCCCGCAAGGGUCAGGCCAGCCUUCUUCCUCCUCCUUCCUCCCGGCAGGAAGUGGGAGCCGCCUUGGCCGGAGGAGCCGCCACACCAAGCAGACCCCAAGGGCUGGUCGUUGUCCUUCUGGGCAGGUGUGUGCCCGGCACGCCAGCUUCUCUACGCUACACGUGGCCCAGUUCAUCCACUUGCUGCCCCACCAGAAACACUGAAGACCGCGGGCUGGAGCUUCUCCUUCACGGGUCAGCUGCUCUCAGAAAGGACCGUGUUGGCUGGGCCAUUAAGCUGCUUCCCUACUGCUGUCCCAUAAACCUGUCACUGGAGGGACUCCGGGACAGCCCCACCGUGCAUCCUACACGCGUGUGCACUGGUGCUUUUGCGGAACUGGAGAGGCCAGCCCUCAUCAGCGCUCAACCACCAGCAACUUGAGACCCCAGCAGGGGUGCAGGACGGCAGCUCCCACCCUGCUGGCUGCUGUUCCUUCUUCCUCAGUCACUUGGGCUGAGGGAGGAGAGGAGGCAACUGCAGGAUGGAGCGCGAAGCCCGUGUCUGUAUUCUGACCUUAUUUAUUGAGGAGUGCCUCUUCCCUGUCUUCCCCAAGAUGGCUCCCAAACCUGACGUGCACCAAGGAGGGCGUGAAGGAUGAAGCUGCUAGGCCCCAGGCAACUGUUCUGCAAAGUGACCUGUCCAGCCAACACAGCGUCUCAAGGACACUCCUGUUACAGGCACUGCAGGGGACCGACUUAGGAAACGUACGUCCUGGUUUACAAUUAGCCUUGAGGAACACAUCUUCCUGGAAAUUUCUAUACAGAUGUUAGAAUGGCUGAUACAGUAACUUUACAGUAAGUUUGCCUGUUUACGUAGUGAGAAUUAGUCAUUCACCAGACCCGUCUGUAACCUUCCCUUUAGUGCAUUGCGUCCUUUUUAAUGUCAACAGCUGCCACUGUGUGGUACUCAAAUGAAGCCAGUAUUUAAGGCAUUAAACUUCAGCCUAAAAUGUCACUCCCUAGAACCAGCCCAGACAUCUGUAUCCAAGGGCCUGGGGCCACUCCCUCAGUGCCUAGGAGGCGCUGUGGACUUAAAUGAGCGCUUAAGUGGCCAUCUGACCUCACUGUCUAGUCAAGUGUCAUGGAUCUGUUUGCAAAAAGUAAUGUAUUUGUGCUUUAAGUAAAAUUUGGUUUUGCAA